AUGCAGGCCGCCGCCUCGUGGAGCAAGGGCCUCCCCGGCCUGCGGAGCCACCUCUGCGCCGCGGCGUCGUUCCACUCCACGCCCCCCUCCCCCGCCAAGUGGAAGGGCAAGUUCGAUUGCAAGCAUGAACAUGGAGAACGGAAGCUAUCCAAGAAAUAUGAGCGAUACGUUGUUCGUCAAAAACGAGCAGAAGGAAAGAAGGCCCUGAAAAAUUACCUUCUGUAUGGAAAGUCAACACCUCAUAUACAGGAUGGAAGUAUGGGCAGCUUUGCUAAUUCGCAUGAUAUUCCACGAUUCAAAACGUUCAGAAAAAAACAGGAUCACAGUUCAACAAAACCUCGACAAGGAGUACACCAUCAAAGAAAGGACAAAAAGGACAAGGCGAAGUUCUACAACUUUUUCUACGAAACCCGUUAUGUGAAUCCUGAAAAUAUUUUUGAGACCAUCUUUGGUGAGCAUCACCAGAGUUUUACCUGGUCCCAUGCUUCAUGGGAGGGUUUUCACUUCAGAGCUUCAGCGUUUGGAUUCAGACGGGCUGGUGAAUCACGAAGACAAAGAGUUGAAAGCGAGAGCGAAGAUGAAAGUGACGACGACGACGACGCCUGUGACACAGCCGGCGUUGGCUCACAUGCGCACAGGCUCACCCUUGGAUUGCCACCUCGUGGUCCACUAACCCUAGAUGAUGUCAAAACAGCCUUCCGCGCGUCUGCUCUCAGGUGGCACCCUGACAAGCACCCAGGCUCUUCACAGGCCGUAGCCGAGGAGAAGUUCAAGCUGUGCGUCAAUGCGUACAACUCGCUCUGCACCGUCCUGAAGGCCGCGUGA